AUGUCUGGACCUGAGGAAAGGGGUGGCAGAGGUGCUGGUGGCAGUGGAGAAGCUCAAGCUCAAGGCCAACCCCGUGAUUCAGCCAUGGCGCCCAUGCAACCAAGUCUUGGCCCACCUAGGGAUGAGCCUAGGGUGUUUGGGCUUGACAAGUUCAACGGUGACAACUUUGCUGAAUGGUCCUUCAAGAUGGAGAACAUCUUUGACCACUAUGACCUGCUGGAGGUGAUGGAAGGAACGGAGAAGCGCCCCCAGAACGACCCGGAGAAGAGCCCGUGGGUGCGGAAGAGCGCACAAGGCUAUCUCUUACUUGGGCAAGCGUUGGGGAGCAGUCAGAUCCGUCACAUCAAGCCAUUCCAGCGUGAACCAGAGAAAGGACCAAAGGCAUGGGCUGCUCUCAAGGGUGUACAUGCUCCUGCAACAGCGGCGGUAGCGGUGGUGUUGGAACGGCAAAUGGCGGCACUACGAAUUGAAGAAGACGAAGCGGUUGAAGAAGGGGUGCAGAAAUUCUUCGACUUGUUGACGCGGCUUGAGGGAGCUGAUUUGAACUACAGUGAGCUCCAAAAGAAGACCAAGUUGCUGGCCUUACUCCCAGAGUCAUGGUCCUCGCUCAUCAUCAACCUUAAUCGCGACUUGCCCCGCCUCUCGCUUGAAGACGUGAAGCGAGCUAUCCUUCAAGAGGAUUUCCGCCGCCGUGAGUUGGCGAGUGCGGAUGGCGCUGGGGCAGCGAGCAUCGGCCGUGGAUAUGGUCGAGGAAGAGGCAGAGGACGAGGGGGAGGAAGGUUUGGUGGCAGCAACUUCGGCGGAGGCCGCAGGAGUGGCGGUUACGGCAGCGACGACAAGAGCUACGGACGCGGUCGCGGCCGAUUCGACGGCGAGUGUCACUAUUGCCACAAGAGCGGACACAUGUGGCGCGACUGCUACAAACUCCCUGAUGGUUGGACCCCUGCUCAAGGCCAAGAGGGUAGAGGAGCAGGAGGAGGGAGAGGACGAGGCCGUGGAGGCCGUGGCGGUCGCGGUGGCGGAGCUGCAAACAUGAAGAGCGGAGACAACGACAAGGACCCGAGCGACGAUCGAUACCCGGGUCUAUUCUACUUCGUGUCGACGCAAGUACCGGCUGGUCCAGAGAAGGAUGAAGGCUUUGAGGAGCCAGCAGCUGUGGGGAAGGUGACCCUACACCCCCUGGACUAUUGGGUGAUUGAUAGUGGCGCUACCUAUAGCAUGACACCUCGCCCGGACUUGCUCACCGAACUCGAGCCGUCACCGGUGAAGCAUGUCACAUCGACUUUGGGGCAGCGAGCAGAGGUGAAAGGCAUGGGCAAGGCCAUGUUCAAGGGUGCUGAUGGGAAGAUGGUGGGCCUCAAGAACGGAUGUCUACAACGAGAUGUGGCAGAUCCCAGUGGUCCCUAUGCCUAA